UUUGACGCUGGAGUCCUCGGUUACCACAGCAACACAACUAGGCAACGACGCUGUAAGUCACAACUUUGAACGUAAAUCGCAACUUUACCCCCAUAACUGUAUGAACAAUUUCUGUACUUAAUGUUUUUAGUCACCACAGUUAAAAUGCCACCAAAAGCAGCUAAACGGGGCUCCGCUGGAAAGUCCAACACCCGUGGAGCGGGCAAAGAAAACUGGGAGGCUGGACUCAUCAAAGCGCCGUUUGAAGAGGACUCAUGGAAGGCCUGUGUGUCUCUAGUGGUUGGGGGAAGUCCCGAGGAGGAGGAGCUGAUCCAGGCUCUGACUUUGGCUGUUCAACAAUCACAAUGCAAACUAUUCAGCUUGAUAACCUGGGACAGCACCCUUGCAAAGAUUCAUGAAGUGGGGAAUCCCAAAGCAAAGAAAACUGAUGGCACCCCCAUGUACUAUGAGGUUACAGAGCCUGCUAAGGUACUGCUGGAUGCAGGAGAGGAGAUCCCCUGUGACCUGAUGGCAAAAAUACUGAAGUUCCAGCUGCUACAGAUCAAAAGCAAUGAUCAGCAGAGGAGGGAAGCUGAGCAGGGAAAGGGAAAAGCAGCUCCCUCACGUCAAGAGCCUUCCAAGGAGAAGAAAACCAAGCUCAAACGCAGGGGUGAAGUUGAGCUGCCUGUCUGUAUAGAUGAUGAGCCAGACUGUGGCCCUCAACACUAUGUCCUGGUACUGGGAUUCUACCAGCCACACCUGAUCAGGCUGCUUGAUGCCAUGGGUGUACAUGUUGCUAAUGUCAUCAAAUUGUGUUCGAAGCACUUCCAAAGUUUUGAUGGUCAGCAGGAACAACAUAGCUGUGAGGAAAAUGAGCAGAGUCUGAGAGCGUCUUCAGUUUCGGGUGCAGAAGAAAACGUUUGUGGCAGCGCAGAACUGGCUGUGAAGGCCAAGAAGGUGGCUUCAUUCUGGUCAUGUCUGAGAGCAAUUCUGGACAGUGGUCCACCAGAUUCCAAGCUUCAUGAUGUGGUUCAGCUCAGCUACACAGUUCCAGAUCUGCUGCUUCCCUUUCACAAACAGGCUGUGCUGGAGUUGGGAAGCCAAAUCUUUGGUGGUGUAGCCAAACUCAUCUAUGCCAGUCUGGACUGGCGAAGGCAGCAUCAGCACUACCGGGACAAUGUCAAACUCAUCCAUAUGCCCACUGUUCUUGGGUUGGACUCACAUCCUGUAAAGGAUUUGCCAACUGUUCUUCCCACAACCCCAUGCACCAAGAGUGAGACAGUUCAGAAGGAGAGCCGACCAGACCAAGAGACCAAGCUGCCUCCUCUCUCUCUGGAUGUUGACAUGCGUUACUAUAACAACCUGCUGGACCUGGUUCCCCCUGAAGCCUGCUCUGUGCCCUUGAUCCUGCACUGUAUGCUGGAACAGGUGGUGAUUUCCACAGAGCAACCUUUGCACACCGCAUCUCAUAUGGUCGCAGAGACCAAACCUGUCAGUGGUUCUUGGUCAGACCAUGAGCAGGUUAGCUACAUGCUCCAGACUUUCCUGCCUCUGUUGCACACAGAAGAAGAAAGAAGCCACUUGUUAUCUAGCCUUCUAACUACAGUGCAGAAUGAAGAAGACAAGAAGAGGCUAGUGGAGAAGUUUGGAGCAAGGAAGACUCAGAAGAAGUCUGAGCAGCCUCUGGUCAUCAGACACCAUGAUGAGAGGGCUCUACGCUUAAGGGACAUCAAAGAGGUUCAGGGUUUCGAUCCAGCAAAGGUGGAGUUGUCCAUGAUGAAGAUGACUCCAGUGUGGGAGCUGAUUCAGUCGGUAGCUCAGCAGAGGAAAAGCAACUCCUGUUGGAUGGCGAUCAGGCAACAGCUACAACACUACUGCACAGAUGACACUGUGUCGUGGCCGGAGGUGGAGCGUUUGUGUCAUCAGAGUGUGUUUGAGACUAUGCCACUGACCAGACUGGAUCAGCAGGGUGUGUUAGUGAAUGCUGCUCGACCACUGGGAACGCUGGAACCAGCACAGCAGCAGACCUCAAUAAUUCCCUGGGACAACCCAACAUCGUAUGCAAAACAUCAGCUUCAUAAUCUGCAGAAUAAAGGUCCAACAUUUCCUACUGAACACCCUGAUAACACAGAGCAUUUCAGUGGAAGAGUGUGCAGUCAGCUGAAAUUAUCUGACAUCCAGAGUUGUAGGCUGAGAUCUCUGUUUGACUGGCAUUAUGCUGAACAUCAUGAUGCCAUCAUCUUCCCACAGGUACUUCAGUCAGCCUCAGAGGAAUAUCGCUGCUUGGAUACCUUCAGAGGAAGCCACAAGAGCAUCUUGUACAUUUUUUGCCACAAUCCCAUGAGUCCUCAGCGUCAAUCAAAAGAGUUCUGGAAUGUUGCCCUUCAUACUGAUGUCAAGUUCAGAAAAUAUCUUGAACAUGUGGCCGAUACCAUUUCAAACUGGACCACAGAGGAGGAGUUAAAGAGAGAAGCAAUGCAAAUCAAGAACCACAGCCCUGUUGAUCCUCCAAAAGAGGAGGAGGAAACUUUGGGACCAGUCAUCAGAAAAGACUCCCUUAAAGCCUGGUUGUUAGAGAAGGAGCGGCUAAAGGAACAAGACACAACCAAAAAGUCAAAAGAAGACAAUACAGCAAAAGCUAAGCAGCAAAAGGAGAAGCAGGAGGACAAAAAGAAAAGUAAAAUUUCAUCCGCUGGCAAGAAGAGCCGACCACAGACAGCAGGCAGCUCGGCCAAGACUCCCACCAAGUCCUUUACUGCGAAUGCACCACCUGUGGAUGAAAACAAAGAUCUGCACCAGACAGAGGAACCUUCCAAUAGUUUCACAGGCUAUAGCAUGGACGGAAAGUUGAUCCACGUGUCAGGCUGUCUCCAGUAUCUUUUCCCAUCAGAUGGAGGACAAAUCACUGUUGAGAAUGUCAGCUUUGUUGAAGGUUCCAGCCACAUGGUAGUAGAUGUGAAAAAGGAUGGACAUCACUUCUACACGCACAUCAACCAAAUUGUUGGUGAUCCUGCAAAGCCUCCUCCUCAGCCUCAAGACAAAAAAAAUGCAGAUCCAAAAGAGGAUUGUAAAGUGUUGGAGCCUGUGGAAAUGAAAAGAGUAAAGCAGGGCUCCUUCUCAGCAUUGCUUGAUAAUAGAAUCCACCUCUCGUACAGUUUCUACGGCCCCACAGGAGAACACGCAGUGAGUUCCCAGGAAACAAAAGGGGGAAUUCCAGAGACCUCUGUUUUUGACCCCAUCCCUGCCUCCUCCUCCAACCGUCACUCCAAGGGAACAGACCUGGAGUCACUUACGUCCACAUCAGAAACCCCGUCCAGCCAGAUCAGACCUCCAGAGUCCAAGGGGUGUGAAGGCCAGCCAGCAUUGCCAUCAAGUCUUUUCAACAGUCUAAGCAUGUCUGUUCCUAAUGGCCUAGUGCUGCAAUUUCUGCGAGAAGACGCCAAAGGAAUACCACCGGAAGAGAAUGGUAUUUUGGUGAGACAGAGUUAUCCUCUCUAUAGUAGAGGAGAGGUGAGGCAUCUUCAGGACAUAUCUCUCUCCAAAGAACUGUCCCGUAUUAUCACCAGCCAGGGAACCGUGAUCCGUUCCAUGAGAGAUGGAUCUACAGAGGUGCUGUUUGCAGAUGGUUCAGUCAGUUUCAGCCAAGACUCUGGUCCAGUGUGGGUUUCAGACUCCGAGGUUCAGGAUGAAAACUCUCAUCAAGAAGCUGAGGACAAGGAGAAAGAACAGAACUCAGAGAAGGAGGCUGAGGCUCAGAGAGGAUGUUGGUUAACUACAGCUCCAUCAGGAGAGUGCAUCUGUACUGUUGGGACCACCCACAAACAAAUACCCACCACCUCUCUUCUCAGCUUUAAGGCUACAGACCCUUUCACCCAUCAGGUGAUGCUAACCCGGGAGGAUCUGAUGGUGUCUGUCCAGAACCCAGAUGGCUCUCUAAUUGUAGAACAUGCAGACGGAACCAGGAUCACCAACAUCCCGGAGACUGUACAUACUUGUGCAAAAUUGAGUGAGAUUGUACAAAUGUGUGAUUACAGGGAGUAUGCUGGAAGUAGUACUGCUAAGAAUGGUAAGCGGAGCAUGUUUACUGAGAAGACUGUGACUGAAAACAGUCUGAUGAGUGAAUGUGAGACUGAGAAGGAGGAUAUGCCUACCAAAGAGCGGGUGGUGUUGGUGGAGAAGGAGGGCUGCGCCACAGUAGUGAUGUACCCAGAGCGUCACACAGCUCACAUCUUUUUAGCAGAUGGAACUGUCAUCACUGGGACCAACCAAGGAGAGUAUCAGGUCUUCCCAUCUAGUGUUGGGCUGCUACAGAUCCAACGUGAUGGAAAAUGCCUGUACUCCUCUGACCCAGUUGUAACUCCCAGUCCAAAGGGUUGCCCCCCCACCAACCAACCAGGAACUUACACUAUGAGUCACACAGACAAGGUGGCCUGUGACCUUACAGAACCUGAUGGGAACCACUUCCAGGUGAUGGAAGAUGGGCAGAUAGCAGUGGUAAUCUCCAGUCCUGCUCCGAGCACACUCAAACAUGAUGAGGAAGAGCUGGAGGAGGAGGAAGACAGAGAAAUGGCCAGGCUUCACGAGAAACAUAGAGAACAUUGUCCUAGGCUAUUUCUGGUGCAUGAAGAUGGUUCAGGCACUGAACUGCUGAGCUCUUGCACUGUAGAGGAACUACUCCAUCAGGUACACUCUGACCAUACCAUAGCACUGCUGAAGGAACCGCUGCCAGAUACACAAGAUGAGUUUGGCAUCACUAUCCUAAAGCCCAUCCACCAGAGCGUGUGGUCCCAGUGGCUGCUCGGCAAACAGAACCCUAACAUCACCCCUCCCAGCCUCACAAACCGCAGCUGGCAUGACUUCCCCUGUGGAAAGAAUAGUGGUGUAACGAAGAAGAGUCCAUGUCCUCCUUUUGGUACUGACUUAGGUCGAGGUCUGACUCUUAGAGAGAGUUCUGGUGGUUCUGCUGCACAGCAUCAACCUGUCAGGAACUGCCCCAAGGUCCUGGAGAUGAGGGAAAUACAACAGCACCGACCAUUCACCACUCCACUCAAACACACCAUAGACUCACGACUCAGGGAAUACAUAGAGAGUUUAAUGGAAAGAGAACAGCGAUCAGAGGAGGUGAAGAUUAAAGAUCCUCGAAGUGAGGAAGAGAGCGCUCAGGCCAGUGAUCUGCUCAGUCGGAUUCUGUCUUUUACAGAGGAAGACAAUGCAAGUCAAUCCACUGAUAAGAGGCUUUCAGUGGACGUAGCCAGUCUGUACAGCCAAGGAGUCGGAGCCCCAGCUGGGAAAUCAGCUGUUUUGGAAGACACGGCCACAACAGAUACUAACAGUUUGGAGGAUAUAAAACGCACUGGUAAUCGAAAAGAUUCAAAAUGGACUGAAAGACUUGCACAACACAGACAAGAAAUCAGUGAGGAAAGGAGACAUAGAGAGGCUCUGAGGAAGAAGAGCAUUGUUCCUUUUUUCCACCCAGAAAACAUUUCAUUAUUUAAGGGUCUGCUAGAGCCCCAAAUACCUGACAUGAGGAGGCUAUCAAUGGAUCUCCCAUCGGUCCCCAAGUCAGACAGUGCUGCCACCUUCCUGAAAGAUGCUCCACAAGACAGCACCCCACGACCAUUAAACCCAACACCCUCUCAGUCAACAAGUCAUCCAGCAGGAAGUGGCAGGACGCCUGAAAAGAGACCCACCAAGCCCACACCUCAGACUGCUGGUGAAAGCAGUCUGAGGGAUUCAUCCAAACAAUGUAAAUCGGUUCAAGUGGAUGUGACUGGAAAGCCCAGGCAGUCUGAAGUCCGACUACCUACCUCCAUCCUCAGCUCCAAACCCUACAGCAUACCAAAUCAGCAGUUUUUGACAGUAGAAGAACCAGUGAGGAGGAAAUGUCGAACAAUUUCUCUUGCUAAUCCCAGUACCAUAGUGAGGGGCUUCCAGCUUCUCCCAGAGAGUGUCGACUUUGGUACACUGCAGGAGGGCACGACUUCAACUAUUACUGUGGUGAUGAAGAAUGUGGGCGUUGACACGUGCAGGUUCCAUGUAAAACAGCCUUCUCCUAAUACUGGCCUCCGGGUCAUCUACAAACCUGGGCCUGUGGCUGCAGGUUUGCAGGUUGAACUGCAGGUUCAGCUGUUUGCCAUGUGUGCAGCCCAAACAGGAGAAGUGGAGCCGAAGACGUAUAUCUCCCAGGAUGUUAUCAUCAACACUGAGAGAGACAUCUUCUAUCUGCCUGUCACUGCUAAUAUCCUUUGACACGUAAAGAAAUGCUGCAUUUGGAUGGAACGUUUGCUUUUCUCAUUAGAAUGAAGAAUUCCUGAUAAUCAGUUCCUUAUGCAUGAACCAUAUUUGCUAGGAAUUAGAAAGCUUGAAUUGUAUGUGCUAAGUAUACAUAGGUUUGUUUCAUAAUUCAGUGCUGACUUCAAAAUUAUAAAAUGAGUUGUCACAGCACUGAUGCAUGAGGUAAACUGGCACAGGCUUAAUAACUGGUGGUAAUGAUUUCUUGUGUAAUGGGGGGGAAAAAUUGUCGUUGUCACCCCAGGUGCAACAAGUCUGUGUAGAGCAAACAAACAGUUGGUCCUUACAUCAUUUUACCCAUCCUUGCUGAGAGAUUAUAUGAGAUUUGGCUCAAGGAACACAGCAGUGCACACAAAAAGAAAGGCUCCAGGGUUAUCCAGCCUUCCAGUUGGUCAGUUAGUCGUGCACAGAUGAACCAAGACCCUCCUGAUGAAUCCUACUGCAAACAUGGGCCUGUGUCUUACUCCCGCAAGUAACCUUAAGUUGUGUAAAGUAACCUGUUUUAGAUUCAGUACACUUCUUUUUUUUUUUUUAAAUCCAGGACAUGUUAAUGGCAGUGCCUAGUCAUCAGUCAGACUUCAAUGUCAAUGUCAACUUUAUUUAUAUAGCACAUUCACAACUAAAAAAGCCCAAAGUGCUUCACAACAAUAAAAUACACUAAAAGAUGACACAUAACUUUAAAAUUAGCAAAGUCACAUCAUUCAAGUCUUCAUAUCUCUAUUUUAUUCCUUACAAAUGAAAUAUUUCCUUGGAAUCUAAUGGUAUCCUUGAAAUAAAAUCUUUUUCAACA